AUGAUGUAUGACAAACAGCAAGAGACGAAGAAGAAAGACCGCAAGUCGAAAGACGAGAAGGUUCAGGAGAAGGUCGACAAGAAGUUCCUGCGCGAGAUCGAGAGAAAGAUGAUGAAAGAGAAGGAGAAGGAAGACCGGAAGUCGACGAGCGCCGCGAGAAAGUUCUUCCGGCGCAGGAGGCUUACGAACGCGGCGGACUACUUCGGACUGGAUGAGUUGAAGAAGACGUGCAUCGGUUUCGUGAACUGUUGCAUCAACGUCGACACCGCAUGCGCACUACUUUCGUCCGCGGAGGAAUACAUGCAUUACAAGUCUACCAAAUGCCUUGUUCAGAAGGUGCUCGAAUUCGUCGACACAAAUGGCGACCACAUACUGAGUCUACCAGCGUUUGCCUUACUGCCGCAACACGUCGUCAAGCUCGCGUUAUCUCGCGAGGAGCUGCAGGCCGACGAGCUGACGAAGUUCCACGCGGCGCUACUCUGGAGCCGCAAGCAUUGCGAACAACACCCCGACGACAAGGUCAAGGACACGAUGACGGACUUUCUCGACCUGGUCGCCUUCCAUAAGAUCCCCGCUGCAGUGCUCAUGCGCGAGGUACAUCCAAGCGGGGUCGUGCCGGACAGUGUCGUCAUGAACGCACUCGCCUACCAGGCUGACCCAACAAGUGUUGAUCUGACGGCCGUGCGGCCCCGCCCGCGCGCACGUCCGGGUAUGCUCCUCACCCAGCACUCAAUGUCGCGGCUGAGCAUACACGACGGACACCUCCUGGGCGCCGCCAACGCGCAGACGGCCGCGACGGAGACGGGCCACCACAGAUGA